UAAUUAAAUAUUAAAAUAAGUGUUUAUUUGUAGGUAAAUUUUCGUUGGUGUUGGUGGCGGAAGGAUGGACAAAUUUCUCUUGAAAAACUCACAGGAUGGACAAGACAGCAGCAUUGAGGCAAUUGAGGAGGACAACCAGCUAGCAAAAAGGCAGCGAGUCGGAAGAUCAUCGGUGUGGGGCCAUUUCGAAAAAAUAAACAACGGUAUGUCGGCAAAGUGUCGCUCUUGCGGCAAAAUGUAUAAGACGAGCGGAAAUACCUCAAAUUUAUUUGACCACCUGAAGCGUGCGCAUCCCGGUCAGCGUGUUAACGAUUUGUCAAUCACUUCUGGUAAAAUAGAUACAUAUUUAAACACAACAUUUGAAUCUACGUCAAAGCGCAAAAAAGAGCUUGAUUUAGGACUCAUAAAAUUUGUAGCUCAAGGCAUGCAACCUUUUUCUAUAGUUGAGGAUCCUGAGUUUCGCGACUUUAUCAAACUAUUCGACCCACGCUACAAACUACCGUCGCGGACUACCCUCUCUAAUGUCAUGAUGACAAAUUUAUUUGAUGAGCAGAAACCUAAAUUAAAAAAUUUGCUCAGCAAAAUAAAUCACUGUGCCAUCACAACUGAUAUGUGGACGUCCCUGGCAAAUGAAUCUUAUAUGACAGUCACAUGCUCGUUUAUUACAGAUAGUUACUGUCUUCGCUCUGCUGUUUUAUCAACAAAUAAGCUAAUUGAUGAAACAAAUCAUACUGCUAAGAAUAUAGCAGAUACCCUGCAGGCUGUUUGCAACGAAUGGGGAAUUUUUGAUAAAAUAACUGCAAUUGUGACCGAUAAUGCAAGCUCAAUGAUCAAAGCGUGUGAGCUGCUUAAAAAAAGGAAUUUACCCUGCUAUGCACACUCACUUAAUUUGGUGGUGCAAGAUUGCCUUAAGCUGGAUUGCACAAAAGAAUUACUUAAAAAAUGCAAGUCCAUUGUCGCGUUUUUUAAAAGUAGCACGAUUGCUUACAAGAAAUUUAAAGAUUCUCAAUUGACGGAAACUAAAUAUAGUCUAAUACAGGAAGUUGCCACCAGAUGGGACAGUGCAUUCCUAAUGAUUGAAAGAGUCUUAAAAACACAUGAAGCAAUCAAUAUAACACUUCUAAGUUUGUCGAAAGCGCCACAGCCUCUCACAGCUGACGAAAUCAACAUAUUAAAAGACUUGUCACAAAUACUUUCUCCCUUUGACAUUGCUUCCAAAGAAGUGUCAUCGAAUUCUAAAGUCACAGUAUCACUAGUUAUUCCAGUUACUUGUGGCCUCUUAAACAACUUGGAAAAUAGCACAAAAAAUCUUCUUACCGAAGUUGGCCUUAAAGUAAACGAAUUUUUAAUUGAUUGCGUAAUCAAAAGGUUGUACAAGUACGAAGAUCGCACAGUAACUAGCAUUUCUACAUUGCUUGAUCCAAGGUUUAAAAAACAAGGUUUCCGUUCGCAAUACAAUGCCAAAAAUGCUGAAAAACUUUUAAUUGAAGAACUUAUUCAUCUGAGCAAGUCUUCAGCUCCCACCUCAGAGCCACCAACACCAAUUGAUCAACCAAAACCAACACGACAUCCUCUUUAUGAAUUUGUAAAAAUCAACAUAGAAAAUUUGCCUAGGACUAAGCGCUCCAAUGCAAUAAUUGAUUUACAACAAUAUAUUGGGAAACAUCACUCCUUGGGCGAUGUUGAUCCCCUCAAAUAUUGGCAGCAUAACGAAAAUAGUAUAAAAGACCUUACUACGAAAUAUUUUUGCAUUCCUGCUUCAUCGACAGAGUCGGAGCGAUUGUUCAGCAAAGCUGGACAAAUUAUAACGGAACGAAGAGCUGCCUUAAAAGCUAAGCAUGUGGACAUGCUCCUUUUUCUUAGUCACAAUUCUCGGAUCUUGGCAGAAGACUGAUCCUUAAUUUUAAUUUUAUUCAAAUUUGUUUUGAUUUACUAUGUCCAUGAAGGAUCUCAUUAUGUUAAA